ACGUCAUGAGUUUUUCCGGUCAUGGCGUUAUAACAGAAACAGUACUCGAUCAGCAGCUAAUGGCGAUUCUGAUAGCCAAAUAUUCCCACUUUUUCGGGAUACAAAAGCAAGCUGUUUACCCCAUGCAAUGAUUUCAUCAUUUCUUCGCAUUCUACUUCCACUGGGAGUGUUAUAAGGAUUCUUAAAACGACAUCUUUUGCGUGUCGAACGACUUGGUUUUAUAAUUCCUUUUGCAAAGGAGAGAAAAAGACCCGACUUCCUUGAUCAGGCGCGUUGUUGCUGCUUGGUUUGUCCGGGGAAUUUUUGCUUUUUUCGGAGCUCGAAGUUUCCAAGAAGUUGUCAGACCUUUUGGAGACGUGUACAUAUAAGCAUUCAGCUAAGUUUAAGCAUACCAAUGGUAUAAGAGUUUCAGUUGUAGACAACUGUUUUUAGAUUGACAUCCAAGAUGCCUAUUCAAACACCGCAGUGGACAGAAUUCCUUACCUGUCCGAUUUGUUGCAAUGAAUUUGAUGACAGCCUUCGAAGACCCAUCAGUUUAGGAUGUGGCCAUACGAUGUGCAAGGCUUGCCUUUCGACUUUACAUAAAACCCAGUGCCCUUUUGAUCAGGCAGCCGUCAGUAUAGACAUUGACAAGCUGCCGGUAAAUACUGCUUUGCUCCAGUUGGUUGGAGUACAAGAUUUAGACGAGGGCAUACCAGAUAUUGAAUGCAUAAAGGAGAACAAAACUAUGUAUCUCAAUGCUAUAAGAAAAAUCAAAGAACUGGCACUGUACCUAAAAUUUGUCAGUGCCUCAAGCAAUGGAGCUUCUGGGAGUACUACAGCCAGUAAUGGAGCUAAUGGCAACACAGGAUUAACAAGGCCAAUGCAGAGGAAACUCGUUAAUCUCGUUAAUUGCCAGUUAGCUGAAGAGGAAGGUAGAACACGUGUAAUGAGAGCUGCACGAAGUCUUGGUGAGCGCACAGUCACAGAACUAAUGCUCUUGCAUCAGAACCCACAACAGCUGUCGGCAAAUCUUUGGGCUGCUGUUCGUAACCGUGGUUGCCAGUUUCUUGGACCAGCGAUGCAGGAGGAGGCAUUAAAAUUGAUAUUGCUUGCAUUGGAAGGUGGUGAGGCAUUAUGCAGAAAGGUACUUGUGCUGUUUGUUGUCCAAAAACUGGAGUCAAUGUUUCCUCAGGCAUCAAAAACAAGCAUUGGCCAUGUUGUCCAGUUACUCUACAGAGCUUCUUGCUUUGUUGUGACAAAGAGAGAUGAUGACUCUUCUCUGAUGCAGCUAAAAGAACAGUUCCGGACCUAUGACGCUCUUCGCAGAGAGCAUGAUGCUCAGAUAGUACAGAUAGCAAUGGAAGCAGGGCUUCGUAUAUCUCCUGAGCAAUGGUCGUCUGUCUUGUACGGUGAUCUGGAGCACAAAUCCCACAUGCAAUCUAUCAUUGACAAGCUCCAAACACCACAGUCCUUCUCCCAAAGCAUCAUAGAGUUGAUAUUCGCAUUACAAAGAUCCAAUGACCCUGGUGAACUGAUCAAGCUAAGACCACAUUUUGAACUACUUUCAAAUAUUGAUGCUUCACCAGAAGCCGUUGCACCUACCUGGGAUAAGCUGGAGGAAGCAAUGAAUGCUGUCCACGCAGUAGUCAGUGGACUGGUGAACUUUGCAAGGACAUAUGGCAACAAAAUGAAAGGUUCAGUGGAUCCACCUCAGCCAAACCACAAUUACAGCAAAUAUAAAACCAGCUUGUGCAGAGAUCAACAGAAACCAGGUGGUUGUCCCAGAGGUUCACAGUGCUCCUUUGCACACUCUGAAGAAGAACUGGAAAAAUUUGGAAGAAGAAGAACAAAAACCAAGAGUAAUGUUGUUGCAAGAGGUCCGUCGUCCAUGUCAUCAGAUCUGUGCUACUCUUCCAUGGAAAGUGGUUUGGACCAAGCUUCCAGUGGUGGAGCCACUCAAUCCCAGCAGAUGAAUGGGUCGGCAAGAUCAUCACCUUUAGGUGGUGAACUAGGAGCUAACUCCUUUGCACCCACCCCGCACCAGUAUCGCAGGGUCAACCCAGAUCCUAUGCCAAGAAUAAAACAGAUGAACAUCCACACCACUGGCCCACAAGGCUAUUCUUCUUCUUCCUUUGAGAACCAAAGAAUGUCAUACCCUUCAAAUGGGGAGAGAAGUAAUGGUUUUUAUUACCCAAGUAAUGGCUAUCCUUCUACUGGAUCUGUCCCUCUACCAUCCCCAGGGAUCGUUGAUAAAGGCCCUCCACCAGGGCUACUACCGUCACCUAGCAGCUCUCCACUGACAAUCCAAGAGGACAGUAUAAAUGGAUCACGUGACAGCAUGCUCAAUGGACAUGCCGAUAAUGGAAUGCCUUUACGCAGGGUGCGCCCACGUCAGUUUGAUCCUCAGAUGCCUCGUAGAACAACGGGGUACAUGCCGUCAUAUGAUUCAGGAUAUGGAACUAACCAAGAACCAUACAACUAUAGUGCACAAGGAAGUGUCCACCCUGCUAGCUUUGGAAGGUAUCCAUAUCAUGACAGCAUGCCAUAUGGUAUGCCAAAUACGUCUUGCCGUCCUGAUGCAGCAGCAUAUGACUACUACCAGUAUGGACCAGGGCCGUACAGUAGGCCUGAGCUGUAUGUAGACAGCUAUCCUAUGCCGAAUAUCAAUGCAAGGAUACUAAGAGAGGAAAUGAAAUAUGUCAAGAGAAGUCCAUACAUUCCUGAUGAAAUGGAGCUUCAAGACUCUCCACGUACAAGUGACCUAGGUGAAGAAACAACAGAUCACCUCACAAGGGACUAUUACCUUGAUGACUGGUUACGAGAUUACAAGCCUGUAUCCCAGAGAAAAGACACUACCCUGUCUAAUGCUAGUAGUGGAGUCGGCAGUGCUUCUCCCCUGAGUCACUCUCCUGCAGCUAGUCAGUCGUCGUCUUCCAGUCUGUCACCUCGUCAAGAGAGUCCAGUUGGCUGGUGUAGUGGUAGCGAUGGGGAUAAGAUAUUACAGACAUAUAUCUUUGAUAAGGCUUCUACUGCCAAGUCAUCGUUAUCAGACUCAAUAUGGAAUGGAGAGAUGAGGAAAUUGUGGCACCAGCCCUUGGUUGACAGCCGAUCAGGAUUUGAAAGGAUUGAUGCAGAACAAAUUAACAAAGAUGAACAGAUUGCUCGUCGCCUGCAAGAGGAAGAAAACAAGACAUCUUCACUUGACAGCAAAGCCAUUGACAAGGGUGACAGCUUAAUCAGGCAGAGAAGAGAGCUGGAAGAACAAGAACGAAGCAAGGCCAGAAGAGAACAGGAGGAAAAUGAUCGACGUAUUGCAUUAGAAGCCCAGGCUUUGGAAGAGGAGGAAGAAAUGAAACGUAGUCGAAUAUCCGAGCAUGAAAGAUUAAUCAAUGAACGCCGCAAACUCCUUGCUAAACAAAAUAAAGAACAACAAGAACUCAAAGACCGACGAUUAGCCCAAAAAAUAGCUUAUGAGGAUGCUCAAAAGGCAGGGCUGGUGUCCAAUCGUCCAAUGAGCUACAGCUCUAAAUUACGUCCACGGACAUCUGCAAGCUGUCCAUUUCACAUGUCUCGCAUGAAUGAUGUCAGAACAGGCAGUUUCAAUGCCUUUGGCAGCAUUGGUUCCUACAGAAAUGGGUGUGGUUCAUAUUUUGGAGGGGAAGAUGAUGUCAUAGAUGGGCCAACGCUGAAUACAUGCCAUUCAUGUAGGAAAGACGAUGUCUUGACAUACAAUUGAUGAUGAAUACAAGAUAUGGGUAUUUUCUAUAUUGAUAAAUUUAAAAAUAAUUAUAAUGUAUCUAGCAUCUAGUUUACACUGCUCUUUGUUUCAAAAUGUUUUGAUAGUGUUUUUCCCCCAACAAUAUUAUGUACCAUGUCCAAAUUUAUGACUCUAAACAGAUGUGAUGCAUGUCUUUGAGUAUGACACCAAGUCUUUUUCUUGUGGCUUUCUUGUUGAGUGGAGCCUGGGAAACAGGAAGUGGUGCCCAUUCCUCUUYGCACCCCUCUUUUCCAGACUCCUUUGUGGUAAGAAAGCACGGUGUAGGCAACACGAAGUAAACCUUUUAAACAUUUAAUAAGAUGAUUAAUUGAGAAUUGAAUGCAUAGAUUAAGUUAAUCCUGUCAGAAUAGAAAUGAGAACCAUUACUAUUUCUAUUCUAGAAUCUCACUAUAGAUAUUGUUGUUCGGCAUAUUUUAGCCCAAUUACCUAAUGUGCACAGGUACGCAAUUAAAUUGGACUCUUCUGAUAUGACGGAGGAAAUAGGAAGUGGGAUGUGAAGAUGAGAAGGAAGCAGUGAACUCACCUACAGACCUACUUGCCUACAGACCUACUUGCCUACAGACCUACUUACAUAAAAAAUUGAGUUGGUCUGUGGGCAAGUUUGCUGUAAUUCAGUAGAAUUUAUCAAAACUCUUGAAAACUCUUGAAAUAAGUCUUUGUUUUUAACCCUCUUUAGAAAUAUUAUUCAUUCAUUAGAGUUUUUUAACCUCAGCCCUGGGAAGAAUAAUUUUCUCAAGAACAUCAAUGACAAUCUUCUCCUCCUAAAUGCUAUGUGAAUAAUGGAAGUGAAAAAAAACAAAAACUACACAAAUGCUCAGAACAUGUGGCAAUCAUUUGCUAGAGGCAAAUGAAAUAACAAAACUUUUGGCUGCUAUUUUUGGUCGAUAAAAGAAAUUUACCAUAGUACGUACUAGCUGUGAAAACUAGUUAGUGACCCCUUUUCCCCCAUUAGCCUUGCUUUCGAGAUAUCAAGAACACUAAAAGAAUAUAUGACUGCAGAUUCAACUGUAAUACCAGCUUUUCCAACCCUCUUCCUAUCCUACAUCAUAUCACUGGAUCAAUAAUGUACAGUAACUAAGUAUUAAUAAUUAGUAUUGCAGUUUUACAAGGUACUCUAUUACUUACUCUAGAAUGUAGAAUCUUGGCAAUGAAAUUAUGAUCCUUUUUAGUGAUCUAUUGAUGUAAAUUUAUAAUUGAAAUUGUCUAAAAGAAAAGAUACAAAAUUUCCCCUUAUUUUGUGAUUCCCAAUGCAAUCUAGCCUAGAAAAAAAUUUGUAGAAAAUGAUUUUUAAUUUUUUUAAAAAAGCUUUGGAGAGCAUGAUUUGUGUCAUCUGUUUAGAUGUGCUAGUGUAAUGCUAGAUUACAUUACCAUAUAUCCGUGAAAAUGUAGCAAGAAAUUGCACAAAUCUGCAGAAAUCAGCAAGUUUAGGAAACCUCAGUAGAGUGCAAACUAUAUAUCCUUGAAAUAGUACUAAUUAGUACAAAAUAGCACCAAUGAAACAAUUGAAAAUACAAGAAAUACAUGUGUUUAGUACUAUUUGGCUCUUGUGCUAUUCCAUGGAUAUAUGGCUUGCACUCUAGACCGCCAUAAACYUACAAAACUUUGCACUAAUUUGUACAAUUUUGUUAGUUAACUUUUCACAGAUAUAUGGUGUGCACUCUAGGAAUGAGUUAGACUGGCUAUGCUGUGUUAUUGUUUGUAGCAAUGCGUGCAAUGUUUCAUGUGUAUUUGGUGUGUCAGUAAGCAAGAAAGAAGUAGAAUUCUAAAAAACAAUUUCUUUCAAAAACGAAAAUGAGCCUUUAUUGAUCACUCUAGUUGUUGUUUUAGAUAUUAUUUUUGAGCAUUUUUCAGUUCUAACUGUUAUCAUAUUUAUAAAGUUUUAGUUACUUGUUAGUUUAUACGUGUGUGCAUCCAUUACAUACUUAUUUUCUUGCAAGUUAAUGUUGUGUAAGUGGGUAAAAUAUGGUAAAUGUAUUUAUGUCAACCCUUGAAUUUUCAUGAGAAUUGAACAAAAUUUCUGGUCUAUUUUUCCUAAAGUCAGGAUAAAUUUGUAGAGUGAUAUUUUUGAAUUUCAAGCAAUUUUCACAUGCUAAAAAGGCAAGGCUAUUUUGUAAUCUAUGUGAAUUUUUAGGGUUAAAGAAAGCAAAAAGUACUUUAGUUACUGCUUAUUUAGCAUAAGAUUAUUCAUUUAUAGAAUUAUAGUUAGGUAUAGUACUGCAUGCCAAUAGACAUGCACUCAUUAGUAUUUGUACUUUAGUUGCGAAAACACUAAUAUUACAAAGCAAUGUUAAAAUGAGAAAAGCAAAAAACCUCAUUUGCUUCUCAGGUGUUUAGCCAACUGAAAGUAAGUCUAUUCCAUUUUGUUAAUUAAUUAAUUAAGAUUAGACCUUAUGAUAAACUUUAAUGUAAAUUAACUUUACAAAGAAUCUUGGCAUGCAUUGAUUCCUUUAAAUCUUUUUUGGAUUGAUGCAAUAUUUUUCCAUGGGUGUAAAACCAAUUGUAGAUAAGUUUAUUAAUGUAAUUGAGGGGAAAAGUUUCAAUUUCUAAUGUUAACUGUGAAUUUUUAACAGUUCUAGAAUUUCAUGAAGAUUGUAUCCACAUGUUAACAAAUUUUAAAGAAGAGAACCGUGGACUAUGCUACAUGGCUCCAAACUUUUUGGUGACAAACAGUGCUUCAAGUGUAGCAUUUUUAAGGAAAUUGCCUACUGCUUUUCCUUGGAUCUCUUCAAUAACGACUUUUUGGAUACAGUACAAUUCUUUCAUGAAGUUUUUCAAUUAUUUUUUGUUGAUUCAAUUGUAGAUAAUUUGAUUCUGGGGAAGAUCUUAGAAUUCUUUUCACACAGUAAGCAAUAGAAAUAAUUAUAGUUGAUUAUGUUGUAACAGAAUUCUCUUAGUGUAUAAAAAAAUGGUGUGUGAUUGGUUCAAGUAACAAUGGAUAAUUGUGGCAAAGAAGGUGUUAAGACUGCUAUGCUUAUCACUUAGUAAGAAACAAGGAAGUGGCACCAAGAGAACAAUGUCAGGGGCAACUGCAUAAGGUUAUUACGUCAACAAGUCUUAAAGCGAAGAGGCUGGUGUCGAUGUAAUAACCUUAUGCCAUUGCACCUAACAUUGGACUUUUGAUAGUAAAGCAUAAUGACUCCAAACUUUCUUAUUUCUUACUCCAUUGAUAAGCCUUCUCAUUCACUUCUAUGCACACACCAUGGUACUUCCCCCAAGGGUACAUUAUGCUUAAAUUAUCUUGAGUGACUCGCAAGCGAGUGGCCUGUCUGCCAGUAGCAGAUAGACAAGAUAUCUCCGUGUGAUUAAAUGAUUUGUAUAAAUAAAUUGUUCUUCCUAUAGACCUUAUAUAGUGCAGGUAUACCAUUGGAAUAUUAGUUUUGUAAAAGAUGGUAGUGACUGUUGAUAAUUAAACAGGUUAUUAACAUAAA